AUGCAGAAGAUACAAUAUCCCUCCCUCGACAUAAAUUCCUCAUCCAGCAUCGCAGACCUCAUCUCCUCGUUGAAAUCCCUCAACCAGAAAGUCGACAUCUUGAUCAACAACGCCGGCAUAAACCUAGACGACCAUUUCUCGCCCUCCAACGCUAAGAAAACACUCGACACAAACUACCGCGGCACUCUUAAUGUUUGCAAAGCCGUUCUCCCGCUGCUCGCACCGAAGACCGGCCGCAUAGUGAAUCUCUCCUCAGUCGGCUCGAGUCUAGACCCCUUCAGUCCAGCCCUCGCACAACGCUACAGAACUAUCUCCACGCUUGAGGAUCUGGAAACGUUCAUGAGCGAGUACGAAAAUGCGGUGGCUAACAGCACAGACACUGAGCUCGGCUUUCCGUCCCAGUGCUCGUAUAGCGUUUCCAAGGCGGCGGUGAACGCUUUCACCGCGAUCUUGGCGCGCGAGAACGAGGGACGUGUUAUUGUGAAUUGCUGUUGUCCCGGAUGGGUCAACACUGACAUGGGGAACCAGGUUGGAAAGCCUCCGAAGACACCGGAGGAAGGGGCUAGGAUCCCAGUUAGACUUGCGAUUGGGGAUGUAGGGGGAGUGAGUGGGAGGUAUUGGGCUAAUGAUAGUAUUCGGGGUUCUGGAGAGGGCAAGGUGCAGGAGUGGUAG